AUGGACCGGAACAUCACGUCGCGAUGGUGCACGAGCAGACGCCCAACCUCGGAGGCUGCCCCUUCUCCACUUUUUCAAGGGCAGACGCCGCAAGUGCUGCUGCAGCCUCCCUACAGCCUCUACAACGCGCUCGCCAUACCCCUCUACGGCUCGCCCGAGCACCGGAAGGUGAGCCUGCGCCACGUGUGCGCCACAUGGGAGCCGUGUCGUGCGAUGCGGGACUGCUCCGGCGGAAGCUGCAGCGGCUCCGCCACUUCAUGUCGGUGGCGCGGCUCGUUCGCAUACGCGCUCCAGUCGAAUCCCAGGAGGACAUCCUGCAACGCCGAAUUCGCACAGACAAGAUUAAUUCAAAGUCGCCGGCAGAGCGAGGGCUCGGAUCUGGAACAGAGUCGCCGGCAGAGCGAGGGCUCGGAUCUGGAACAGAGUCGCCUGCAGAGCGAGGGCGCGGGUCCGGAACAGAGCACAAUUGCGCCUUUAAGGGCCUUCCGGCCGCGGCGCCGCGGCCCGCGGCGCGAGUAG